UUAAAAACAAGAAAACAUUCCCCCUAGAUCAUUUUACAUAUGAUGAUAGUAAUGGCAGAUUUCAUGGAUCUUCUUUCAAAUUCAGUGUUCAUAUCAGUAAUAUCUGCUUUAUUUCUGGUUCUUAGUUUACUUUAUUAUAUAAUAUAUGAUCAACAAAAGAAUCACCAUGGGAAGAAGAAGUAUCAUCCCACUGGUGCCACUCUGCUUGAUGUACUCAUCAACUAUAACACGGCACAUCAUUUCUUGACUGAUCUCGCGGCAAAAUACAAAACUUAUCGAAUUGCUAUUCCAUUCCAACGCCAGGUUUUUACUAGUGAUCCUGCCAAUGUGGAGUAUAUCCUCAAGACCAACUUCAAAAAUUAUGGCAAAGGAAAGCAUUUUAGUGACAUCAUGAAGGAUCUAUUGGGUGAUGGAAUAUUUGCGGUCGAUGGGGACCAAUGGCGAGAACAAAGGAAGAUGACAAGUCAUGUGUUAUCUUCAAAAGUCUUGAAAGAUUAUAGCAAUGAAAUUUUCAGAAAGAACACACUAAAACUUCGGAACAUAUUGUUAGAAGCAGCAAAUACCAACCAAAUUGUCGAUAUGAAUGAUUUGCUCAUGAAGGCAACGAUGGAUUCAUUAUUUAAAGUCGCUUUUGGAGUUGAUCUUGACAACAUGAGUAAUUCAACCGAAGAAAGUGCUAGGUUCACUCGUGCUUUUGAUGAUGCAAACACUUUGAUCAUUCGUAGACUUGUUGACAUAACAUGGAAAAUCAAAAAGUUUUUGAAUAUUGGAUCUGAAGCCGUGUUAACUAGAAAUAUGAAACUCAUUGAUGAGUUUGUUUAUAAGGUCAUCCAGAUCAAGAUUCAACAAACACAUAGCUUAAAGGAUGAACUUUCGUUGAAGAAAAAGAAUGACAUCCUAUCAACUGUUAUAGAGAAUAAGCAAGAUCCAAAGUAUUUGCGAGAUAUAAUACUAAACUACGUGCUAGCUGGUAAAGAUCCUAUAGCGAUUGCUAUGGUUUGGUUCAUUUACUUGCUUUGCAAACAUCCUGAUAUUCAAGAAAAAGUUGCGGAAGAUAUUAAAAAAGCAACACACAUGGAAGAAGAGAUCACGAAUAAUAUUUCAAAUUUUGAUGCUCGUGUGACUGAAGCUGCGCUUGAGAAGAUGCAAUAUCUUCAGGCAGCCUUGUCCGAGACGAUCAGACUCUAUCCCCCAUUGCCAUUGGACGCGAAGACAUGUUUUUCAGAUGAUGUUCUACCAGAUGGUUACAAUGUACGGAAAGGGGACUCGGUGCUUUACCUACCAUAUGCAAUGGGAAAAAUGAAGUUCAUAUGGGGCGAUGAUGCACUUGAAUUUAAACCCGAAAGAUGGCUUGAUGAAAAUGGUUGCUUCCAUCCAGAAAGCCCUUACAAAUUUACAGCUUUUCAGGGAGGACCGCGAAUUUGUUUAGGUCGAGAGUUUGCGUAUAGGCAAUUGAAGACUUUCUCUGCUCUUUUGAUAGGUUGCUUCAAUUUCAAGUUGAGCGAUGAAAAAUGUGUUAGAACAUAUAGAAUUUCGAUUAACUUGCACAUCGACGGGCCACUGCAUAUUUGUGUUUCUAAUAGAUUCAUGUUACAUAAGCCUUAAAAGUUUAAAUGAGUUAAUUUGUAUCAAUAAUCUGGUCCCUAAAACCUCCAAGUCUUUGCAUAAACAAUCUAUCUUCCAAGUAAACUAAAUAACUAUCCUUAAAUUAAUGGCUUAGUAAUUUAUAUCUUGGAGGACGAACGGUUUAUGCAAGAAUUGAGAUUUUAAGAAUGAUAUAAGGAGAAAAAAAUUGAAGGAGGCUAAAAAAGCAAAAAUUAAACAUACCACAAGAACCAUAUAUGCUUUGGAGUGUUUGAGGAGAAACAGAAUGAGAAUUACUUUUCUUAUUUGGUUGUAUCGGAUAAUGGAAUCGAGAAGUGAGAAUAAUUUCAAUUCUCUCAAUUAUAUACAAAUUGUAGAGGAUGGAAUUUUAUUUUUUUUAAUUUCAUUUUUAUGAUAUUAGAUGUGUUAAGUUUAAUUAUUAAUUAAAAUUUUAUAUUUCUCUUAUAUUCAUUUUAUGUUUCUAUAAAACAAGCUAUAUAAUGUAUUAUCUUUUCAAA